AUGGCUUCCAACACCGAUAACACUGGCGGCGAGCCUACCUUGCGCCGUCGCGAGUCCUUGUCCGAGAUUCGAGCUGCCAACCCCGACUUGGCUCUCAGCGGUAACAUUAUCUCGGCCACCUUCAACACACCGCACUCCUUUGUCUAUCGAAAAGGCGGUGAUUGGGACUUGAAAUCUCGUCGCGGUCAAUCCGCUCUCUUUGAUUCCUUCGCAUACCUCUCUUCCGACGCUACACCAUGGAAUCACACUGUCGUCGCGUGGACCGGCGAGAUUGACGCUCCUACCGAUGACGUCGCUACUUCACCCGGCACGCCCGCCCCAAACACCUUGGGUGCCACUUCUCUCAACGCCCUCUCCGCACCUGUUCCCAUUGAUGGUAACACGCGCCUACCGACUCCUCCCCCAAUUGACGGUCUCUGGGUUCCUCGCGAGGACCAGGACCGCCUCGAGUACCGUUUGUCCCACAACAAGACUAUCCGAACCUACCCAGUCUGGCUCUCCGAUGAGUCUGAGGCCACCUCUGAGGGUAUCCUUCUCAAGGACCAGGCCCGCUGGCGACGAUAUGCUGAGCACGAUCUUUACACGCUUCUUCACUACAAGCAACAUGAGCCGACCGACGGCAGACGCGAGCGCGUCCAGUGGGCCGACUACUACCGCAUGAACCAGAAGUUUGCAAACAAGAUCAUCGAGAUUUACAAGCCCGGCGACAUUGUGAUCAUUCACGAUUACUUCCUCAUGUUGCUUCCUAGCAUGCUGCGACAGAGAGUGCCUAACAUGUACAUCUCAUUCUUCCUGCAUUCGCCCUUCCCCAGUAGCGAGUUCCUCCGCUGCUUGCCCCGUCGUAAGGAGGUUCUUGAGGGUGUUUUGGGCUCCAACCUGAUUGGAUUCCAAUCUUACAGCUAUUCUCGCCACUUCCUGAGCUGCUGUACUCGAAUUCUUGGCUUUCCAUCUGACACUCUUGGAAUCGAUGCUUAUGGAACUCGUGUCCAAGUUGGAGUGUUCCCUAUUGGUAUUGAUGCUACCAAGGUCGAGAACUUUGCUUGGACUGAUGCUGUAACGGAAAAGUGCAAUGCCCUGCGCCAACUCUACCAUGGCAAGAAAAUCAUUGUCGGCCGUGACCGUCUUGACAGUGUCAGGGGUGUCGCCCAAAAACUGCAGGCUUUUGAGCGCUUCCUCGAGAUGUACCCAGAGUGGCGCGAGAAAGUGGUCCUGAUUCAGGUCACCUCACCCACCAGCGUCGAGGCAGAGAAGGAGGAUAUGGAGGACGACACAAAGGUUGCGACCCACGUCAACGAGCUCGUCAUGCGCAUCAACGGUAUGUACGGUAGUCUGGGCUUCUCUCCUGUCCAGCACUACCCCCAGUAUCUAAGCCAGAACGAGUACUUCGCCCUCCUUCGCGCCAGUGAUAUUGGUCUCAUCACCUCUGUUCGUGACGGUAUGAACACCACCAGUUUGGAGUACAUCAUAUGCCAGAAAGAGGGCAACGCUCCUCUCAUUCUCUCCGAGUUCAGCGGUACCGCUAGUAGUUUGAGCGACGCCAUUCACAUCAACCCAUGGGAUCUUAGCGGUGUUGCUGAGAAGAUCAAUACUGCUCUUACCAUGUCUGAGGACAAGCGCUUGGAGAUGCAGUCCCGCCUUUACCGCCACGUUACCGAGCACAAUGUUCAGUCCUGGAUCACUAAGUUCAUUCGCAAGGUCUAUAAUGUUCUCGGCGACACCAGCUCAGCAAACUCUACACCCCUCCUCGACCGUGCUCUUCUUCUCACACAAUACCGCUCCGCCAAUAAGCGUCUAUUCAUGUUCGACUACGACGGUACCCUGACACCUAUUGUGCGCGAGCCCAGUGCUGCCGUGCCAUCGGAGCGCCUCAUCCACACACUCGACCUGUUGGCUGCUGAUCCUAAGAAUGCGGUCUGGAUCAUUUCGGGACGAGACCAGGAAUUCUUGAAGCAACACCUUGGCAACAAUACCCGUCUUGGAUUUUCAGCCGAGCACGGUAGCUUUAUGAAGCACCCUGGCUCAGAUGAGUGGGAGAACCUGGCGGAGAAGUUCGACAUGGGAUGGCAAGCUGAGGUGAUGCAAGUGUUUGAGAAGUACACCGAUAGAGUUCAAGGUUCUUUCAUCGAGCGAAAGCGAUGCGCCUUGACAUGGCACUACCGAUUGGCCGAUCCCGAGCAAGGCUUACACAUGUCGCGAGAAUGCCAUAAGGAGCUUGAGUCGACUGUCGCUUCCAAGUGGGAUGUGGAGGUGAUGCCCGGCAAGGCGAACAUCGAAGUCCGCCCUACCUUCAUCAACAAGGGAGAGAUCGCGAAGCGCCUCAUUACUAUGUACCACACCCCUGGCACCGCAGAUGACAACGCCGGCACUGGCCACCUUGAGUUUGCGCUGUGCAUGGGCGAUGAUUUCACCGACGAGGACAUGUUCCGCAGCCUUAACGCCGCUUCGGGCCCUGUCCUUGACGCCAACCACGUCUUCACAGUCACCGUUGGCGCUAGUACAAAGGUCACGCUGGCCAAGUCUCAUCUUCUGGAACCAGAGGACGUGAUUGAGUGUGUUGCUCUCCUGGCAGGUGUCCAGGAUAAGGGCGAGCGCCUCGGUGAAGUCAACCUCGGCGCGCUGAGCGCUGUCGAGGGACACGUUCCCGCGCAGCAGGAGAUGUAA